AUGCGGCUCGCAAUGCGUCGCAUCAUAGUGUUUGUCAUAUGGUGGCAUUUGACCCUGCCCUUGGCUUCGCAGAGUGCCUGGCAACAGAGAUUUCUCAAUGAGGUGAACUCUACAGCCUUGCAGCGCUCAAGCGCCGCCACGCCGAAGCUGCUCGCGCGCUUGGAUGGUGCAGAUACGCGUGCCUUUCUGGCCCGUUGCUGUCCUGAGGUGGCUCAGUGGCCAGCAGCGGACUUGGCGGAGACGUUGCGGCAAAACCUGCGAGCCGCGGAGGUGGUGUCGGGCUUCAGCAGUGAGGUGAACAGAUCCUUUUUUUCAUUCUCUUUGUCGGAAGCUGAAGACGUUUCUCAUUACGAGAACCUGUGGGAGCUUUGGAUGAGAAAUCAUGCUGAGCUUAGCAACUAUUCUGUUGGCAUGGAUUGGGUGGAGACCAACUUCUACGGGUUCAAACCAUUCCAGGAGCCUGCCUACCCAAAGAGCAUGGAGGAGGCCAGAGAAAGAAGCGCUUACUUUCUGCUCAACUCCCUGCGCGUGGAUGUGGGUUCACCGCUCUACGGAGAUAUCACCGUGGUUUUGCUUCCAAGCUUUGCUCACCGUGUGUCGGUGAUUUCACCUCUUGAUUCGGGCAGCUGGUGCGGCUUUUGUCACCAGUGUUUCCAGAUGCCAACCCCAAGCUAUUCACACAACUGCAGCGCCUGGUCUGGUCCUGAAGGGCUGGGGACCUUCCAGGCCUUAGACCAUCUCCUUGGCAUCAACGAAGCGUAUUGGGCCACGCCUGAGGCCUUUCUGCACCCACUGGGACGAUUGCUGGGCUCUGCGACGUUCACUGGCGAAGACUUGGUGCGAUACUUCGAGGUGAUGCCUGCCGCAAAGAUUGAAUUUCCUCAACACGUAAAGUUCGUCAUUGCUGCCUUUCCAAGCCUUUUUGGGACAAUGCGAGGGGAACGUGUUCGAAGUUGGUGUCGAAGAAAUGGAUGGCUGCUUGUUUGGUCUUUGGGAUUGAAUGUGGGCUUCUCCACAGAUCAUGGUAUGCCUCAUUUCUGGGAUGUCCGCCACAAGGGCCCAUUCCUUUGCAAGCAGCGGCUAAUUGAUCCGGUGCUGCUGGAGUCGGCCCAGCUGAACGCGACGGCCGCGUCGGAGGAUCUGACGGCCUUUGCGGCCUCAUGGCGCCAGAUGAGUUCCCUGCGUGCGGCCACCCUGCAACCAGAGGACUUCUCUGCUUUUUGGACGGCGCUGGUGGCAAAUCUCUCAGCAGAUUUGCAGAUAGAAGCUGUACGACCUUCCUGUGAUUUGGAUCGCUGUAUGGGUGUAACGCACCGGGGAUGUCUUUGCAGAAUGCGCAGUGAAGAUGAAGGAAUGCGCACCUGGACAGUGUGA